UCUCAAACAAAUCGUUGUUAUCUUUAGAAACAAUAGUUAAACUUAUAUCUUAUUAUCGUUGGUUACUUGUACCAUACAGUUCUAAGCGGAACGGAAAUCUGAUUUUCUAUAAAUGAUAACUGCUAACUAAUGAGUGGUGAGACAAGUGUAGUUUGUAUCUAUAUAUAUCAUGGAAAAGGCGAAAACUAUUGAGGUAGGUCUUCAAAUGGCGGCGGAAACAUCAGAAGGCUUACCGAGCAAUGAAGUAGGGAUGAAAAGGAAAAGAACAUUUAUGUCAAGCGCGAAAUAUAUUAUUUCGCACAUGACUAUAGAACCUGUAUUAGUUUUCUACAUCUUGCCUAGCAUGAUGAUUACUAUCGCAGUGCAAAACUUAAAUUUGGAAAAAGCGUGCAGAGUGAAUUUAGGUAUUUCUGCGGAACACUGCGAUGCCAUUGCCAAUCGAAGUGAAUUGGCUUAUCCCGAUUACCAAAGGGAUGAGGAACAAGUGCAAACCUUGGCUACUUAUAUGACAAUUUUGAAAAAUAUCAUAGAAAGUGUGAUCCCUGGGAUAAUCCUUCUAUUCCUUGGCGCAUGGAGUGAUAAGUUCCAGAAACGAAAGCCAUGCAUGUUAGUGCCCGUUUUAGGAGAUGUUCUAUCGGUAACUGGAUUGCUAUUUUGUACAUAUUUCUACUACGAAUGGCCGAUGGAAGUAAACUCUCUCUGUGAGUCAUUUUUUCCCGCAAUUACUGGCUCCUGGUUUGCCAUGUUCACUGGUGUUUACAGUUACAUUAGUGAUUUGAGUACGGAGGAAGAAAGGACAAUGAGAAUUGGUGCGGUAAAUAUGUUAGCAAAUGUUAGCAUGUGUAUUGGAACUGCAUUAAGUGGUAUUUUCUACAGAGUUGUGGGUUUCUAUGGGGUGUACUUAAUAGCGCUAUGCAUGUACUCUGUUUCAUUAGUUUAUGGAUAUUUUUUUAUCCAUGAUCCAAAAGAGGAAUCAUCCGAUAACGCAAUUGCACAAAAAAGCAAAGGGUUUCUCCGGGAUUUUUUUCAAACCGAACACAUAACGGAAACACUGAAAACUGUAGUAAGGACUGGAAACAAAAGGGGACGAAAAAAACGAGUUUGUGCAAUUAUGUUCUUAUUUAUUGUCAUUAUUGGCCCAGUUUAUGGAGAAUUGAAUGUAGUUUACUUUUUUGUACGCCUGCAGUUUGGUUGGGAUUCUGUUGAAUACAGCUUUUUCGCCACAUUCCAAUUUAUAACGAAUAUACUAGGUACUAUGUUUUCCCUAUCAUUUUUUACGCAAUUUUUAAAAUUGGAUGAUUCCAUUCUGGGGAUUAUAUCAUGCUCAACAAAAAUUAUGGCGUCUGGAGUUUACGCAUUUGCGUCUAGCCCGAUUUACUUUUACUUGGGUCCUAUUGUAGAAAUUCUAAAUGGAACCUCUUUCAUCGCAAUGCGGGCUAUGAUAACAAAGCUAGUAUUACCUGAAGAAUUGGGUAAAGUGAAUUCGUUGUUUGGCAUAUUUGAAGCUCUGGUACCGCUGAUCUAUGGACCUUUAUAUAGUAGAAUUUAUGCUCUAACAAUUGAAUAUUUUCCUGGAUGUUUUUACAUUGUGGGAGGAGUUUUAACAGUACCAGCGUUAUUUAUAUUUUACUGGCUCUAUUUGGAACACAAAAAAGAUUUGGAAGAAGACAAGUCUGCAAACGGUGAAGAAAUGAACCCUCUGAAUAAGAGUGAUACUGUUGAAUAUGUUAAUGCAUAGAAUAUCUACAUUGUUUGACCUUAUAAAUUAAAAGUCCGAAUAAGAAUAG